UCCAAAUGUUUCCACUAGGUGCUAGGGUGGUAUUAUGGAUUCCCGACAAAUUUUGAAGAUUGGUGAAAUCUGUCAGAUGUUUGAAAAAUUACUAAUAGACCCUACGGAGUGAACUGAAAGUGCAAGUAAGAUGGUGUGAAUCGCGUAUAUACGGACGGCAACACCAGGAGAAGAAUGCCUACAUUUUUAACGCCGAAUCGCCAUGGGUAUUCGGUUCGUUUUUCUCCAUUCCAUCCUGAAAGAAUAGUAUGUGCAACAUCACAGUACUAUGGAUUGGCUGGUGGAGGAACACUGUUUCUCCUGGAGCUGACACCUGAUGGUGGCCUUGUGGAAGUGUCAAGUGUCACAUGGCCAGAUGGACUAUUUGAUGUUGUGUGGAGUGAAACUGAUGCCAACAUUGCUGUCAGUGCAAGUGGGGAUGGAGUCCUGCAGCUGUGGAAUGUCGCUUGCCCACAGCUACCUCCGCAGACUUUCAGGGAGCACAAGAAAGAGGUAUACUCUGUGGACUGGAGUCAAACACGGCAAGAGCAGUUCAUCCUUUCUGCUUCGUGGGACUGCAGUGUGAAACUGUGGGAUCCAAACCGUUCGAACUCUCUGGCAACAUUCUUGGGACACUCCCAACUAGUUUACAAUGCUAUGUGGUCUCCACAUGUUCCUUCAUGCUUCGCCUCUGUCUCAGGUGAUGGAACGCUGCGAAUAUGGAACUCGCAUAUGCCACAACGUGCUACAAUGACAUUACGAGCACAUGAUGCUGAGGUGCUUAGUUGUGAUUGGUGCAAGUACGACCAAAAUAUUCUAGCCACAGGUGGUUCAGAUGGCCUCAUCCGGGGGUGGGAUCUCCGUAGUUUCUCAAUGCCAAUCUUUGAACAGAAGGGAUGCGAAUUUGCAGUUAGAAGGGUGAAGUUCUCUCCACAUCAUCUCUCAGUAUUAGCAUCUGUUGCGUAUGAUUUCACUACAAGGAUUUGGGACUUCAAAGUGUCAUCAGAAGCAGUGGAGACAGUAAAGCAUCACUCAGAGUUCGUGUAUGGUUUGGACUUCAAUAGCCAUGUGGUAGGACAGAUUGCUGACUGUGGAUGGGACUCACUCGUUCAUGUUUUCAACCCUCGUUCUCUCAGUACCGUGCCAUCCAUUCCUAUAAAGUGAAUCAUUCCAGUUUUCUUCGUGGUUUUCCUCCUCCUAGAAUUUGUUUGUCAGUGCAUCAUCUGGUACAUAGAUCCCUGCCUCAUAUUUAAGUGGAAAUAAUGUAAUCAUUAAUGAAAUUAUGAAGUAGGGAUGAUGGAAUUUGAUGCCAAAGAAGGUGACCACUCACCUACAAUAAUGAAGUUCUGAGCCAUGAAUGUGAUCCACACAUUAGAGUAUGGGUAGAUCUAUUUUGUUUGAGUCUGCAGAAUUACACAUGAGCUGUAAUAGUAGCUGGUAAUGACCAACAACUAUGUGCUGAUACACCACUGUCUUAAAAACAUUCAAGCUACUUUACUUAUUAUGGUAUUGUUUUGCUUACUAAUGAAAUAGUGAUACAGCUUUUGAGCAUAUGUUUUGGAAACUUAACACUCAUAAGCUAGAUUCACUGCAGUGGCUUUGAAUAAAGCACUCAGAAACUUUAAGACAAGUUAUGUAAGCUUUUCAUCCCAAGAUUUUUAGUGAAUGACUUGACAUGUGUAUUCCUCCAGAUAAAAGUUAUAGUACCUGUAGCCUUUUUAAAUAAAUUCACCAGCAGAAAUAGUUUGUGGAGACAAGGAGAUUUCUAUGAGCUGCCUUAAUUAUAAUGCAAAAACUAAAUUGUUUUCUUUGCAACUGUGUACAUCACUGUUCAUUUUCAUCUUAAAAUUUGAACAUUUAUUGUAUUCUGAGCACAGUGCACACAAGAUUUUAGACUGUUUCAAACUGUGUAAUAAUAAAAUAACCAUCAGUCUAAUGUUUAAUAUUUUUCCUUACUCAUUUUGUUUAAGUUUACAAACCUUCAAAGUCAGAUACAUAUUUGUAUUUACUCAUUGCUGGUCAUUCUCUCUAAAUACCAGUGAUAUGUCACACAAGUUAAAUUUUUUGGGAUUCAUAUCUCUAUUUUAGUCGUUGUAAUUGUGUUAACCAUGACUUAAUUGUUUAAAACAAUAAAAUAAUACUAGUGAUCACUUUAUUCUUAUUCAGUUCUUUUUAUUACUCUUUGUACAUGUGGUCAUAUCUAUUCAUGACUAUAGAUUUUUUACUUCAUACUGAAGAAGGGAGUGGGGUUUUUUUUUUUUUUAAUAAAAAGAAAAGAAAGUAAAAAGUCAACUACUGUAUUGAUUACUACUAAUAGAUUCAGGUUUCCAUGUUUAUCAAAUCUCUUAAUUAAUAAGUACAUUGUACAGUUUUGUGUCGUGUAUUUAUUCAAAGUGAACAGCAUGGUGGCAUCAAUUUUUGUACUUAUUCAGUGAGACACUUUUCUCCUUUAAGUGUUAUAAUAUGCAAAUGGGAAGAUGUCAGUGUCAUGUGAUUGAAGAUGUAUGUAUAUCAACAUAACUUCUGAAGUUUUCCAAUAUUUAAUUGCACAAGAAACAGAUUAAAUUUUACUUUUACCUACAAUAUUUCUGUAACUUAAUUUAUAAAUCUAUCUGCCACUUACCAGUGCAAUAUAAAUGUUAGCCCCACCUUAAAGACACAUGAGUAAUAGUGUGAUGUAGCAUUUCACUAAAUUAAUGCUGGAGUUGCUUUGCAUCUCUGGAUCUUGAGUAUGUUUAAUAGACCACUUCUUAUUUAAUAGAUGUUAUCUCAUAUUUGGUUUUAGGAUUUUUAUGGCACUUGACAGGACUUUCACCACUGUUGAAGCUGAGUGUAAGCAAAAACUUAUCUUGGUUAUCUGUGUUAAUGAAGCUGUACAGCCUUUCCAUAACUGGAGAGGCUGGUUCAAUCAACAUGUAACACAAAGACAAGGGCAUCUCCUUUAUAACAGUAUCUAGUAGAGCAUUAUGAAACAAGGCUGUCUUCAUAUUUUACAGCUGGAUAAUUUUAGUUAAGUAUUUGGCCAUACUAUUUUUAAAAUAAUUAUUACAAAAAUGUGGACAACUUCAGUAUGAUUAAUAACAGAAAAGCCUUGCAUGCAAAAGAAUCAGAAUCUUAGGUUUGCGAUGAAAGCAUUGAGCCUUAAGAUUGUGAGACAAUUGCUUUUUUUUGGGGGGGGGGGGGAGAAGAGACAGGAAAAUAAUUAUUUUCCAUUGCUUUUGAUUGCACAUGCUUGCAUUUUGAAACUAUGGUUUUAAAUAGUUUCAAUAGUAUGUCACUUUACAGUUGUUGGCCUUCUUCUGCUAUGGAAGCAACAGCUUGAGGUUGUUUUUUGUAGUUCUUUUUUUCUUUAAGGAGUGCAAUACAUUCUGUAAUAUGAUCUCUACCAUCCGUCACCCGAACAUAAGCUGUGAACUAAAUAAGCUCUCCUGUCCUCCACAAUCUCAAAGUAAUCUGCACACAUUCCUUAUCACAUAAUGCUGGUUAGAGUUAAGAAACAGACAUAAUUAACCAACUUGCUUAACAGUUGCAAACAAGCAAGUCUAAAUCUAUCUACAAUUUACAUAAACAAUGACAUUUUUUAAAUAUGGUACAUUCCACUAUAACAGCAAGAUUUCAACAAAUGUAUGUUUACUUCCUAAUGGGCAAUAUGGUACCUUGCUAUCCACAUUACAAGAUGCAUAUUUCCCACAUUUGGGUUAUAAAUGUGACACUGAUAUUUGUGUCAUACACAUCCACAUCAUAUGUACCUAUGAGGUUAGACGUUUUCUUCAUAAUAUUUCAAUAUUAUGGUUACAGAUAAUCCACUACUUAUUUAUGUUGAAAAACAUUCAUUAUCAUUUUUCUGAGCUGGAUAUACACGGUAACAUUAUUUCAGUUUAAUAUUUAAAUACAUCCACUAGAUUUGACUCAUCAAGAAUAAUUACUAUUAGGUUUGAGACCAAGCUGCUAUUCAUCUGUUUUUAAUGAAUUCAUAUACUGAACUGCCAGUUUUGUCUCAGAAUUGCUGUGUAUAGUGUGGAUAAUCCCUUUGAAGGUGACAAAGGAAAGCUUCAUAAAUGGUAAUCUGAGCAGAAUACUCAGCAGCAUGUAGCAACAAAACAAUGGAAGGGUUCCACACAUUGUCAGUAAUUACAAUCUUCAGUUUCUUACUAAUUUAAAUUUGUUUACCUUUUGAUAUCAUUCUUGGAAUAUUUUUAGCAGCACAAGGCAGGAUGUCAUAUGAAACUUGCAAAACAACUGCGUCAUGUACAUACACUAUUUUAUUUAUUCUUGUGUUACAGAAUUAUUAUUAAUAAUAUCUAUGUUUAGAAUAUAUUGCGUGUUCCCUAGUUUUUCAGUUUUAACAUCUGGAGUACUUACAGCACAGAUCUGUUAAAAAAUGUAGCUUUUAUGGAUUACAAAGAUAACUAGAUAAUUACACAGUUGAAAUGCAUUAUUAUCAUUUGAAGUGCAUACAAAAUUAAUAACAUCAAGCUGACUUAUUGUCUCCUGAACUAAGUAUUUUUAAAACUGAAGUUGCUUCAUUACUGUAGUGUCUUAGGUUCUUUGAACAUGUUCAUGGUUUAUAACUAAUGGUUCAUAAACCAUAUAAGUUCAUAUAUAAACUGAACUGACUUCAUAAGAUUUUCAUUGUAGCAAAUUAAGAGAGUCAGAAUGACAAGGACAGAGACUACAAAAAAUUUGUGGAAUAAGUGAAAAGAAUUUUGAAGUCUAUUUCCAUUACAGAAAUCCACAAAACUUAAGACUUGGUAACAGAAGUUUUAUUUAUUGUUAAAUGAUAUUGUUAAUUUUUAAUGUUGAUUUAAAGGUCCACGCACACUAAUUCCAUAAGACUGUUAUUGUGUUUUUAUUGUUUUUGUAACUACAGAAGUUUAUGGGGUUAUGCAACUAAUGAAUCCGAAUUAUUUGUGUAGAAAAUUUGUA